GUGACGUAUGAGCCGGCUGGAAGAAAAGAGAGACGUGCGCGUAUAAGCGACCGCAAAAAGGCAAAUAAAGAGCGUCUCUGCGCGCGUGCGUGUGUGUCGGAGACCCGCAGACCGACAGGUGAGAGCUCCGCACCGAGCACGGGAUCUGACGCUUUCCGUGUCCAAGAGAAAAAACUGCAGCUUCCGUUCGCGCGUCUCAGCAGAAUCCGCGGGAGAACGGCGGCGUUCCGCGUCCAGCGCGCGUUCAUCUGCGCGUUCCUCCGCUAACGAACAUUAGCUCGGAGGCGUUGUUAGCUCGGCGGCUAACGGAGGCGUUGCUAAGAGACUGCCACAUCGCCAGCGCGCGCCCGCUGCUGUGAACGCGCUUGAGAGUCCUGCGCCGUCUCGAGAACCAGAACGCGGGAACGAAGGCUGAGGAGAGUGACCGGAAGUAGAACACCGUUUCUGGAGCAAUACAGGUCUGCUCUGAAUAUCCAGUGUUUCAGGAGUGCUUUAAAGAUCUUCAUCCAGGAGGAUGGCGAGGAGAAGCGGAUAUAAGAAGCCCAAGAAGAAGAAGAAGCCAAAAGCGCAGAGCGAGGGCCCCGUUGACUCCUCCCCCUUGGCGGAAGUGGCCCCGGGCCCCGAGUGUGAGGACCCGGUCAACGGUUUCCAUGCCAACGGUUCUGCAGUCGCGGACGGAGACUCGGUGGACUCCCUGAGUGAACGACUGGACUCUGCCUCGCUGGAUGCAGAGCCGGAACCUAUUGCACACACUCCCGAUAUCGCCCCCUCUUCUCCCCCAGCGCUUGGUGUCCAUCAGCCCCGCCGGCCGCAGCACAAGCUGAUCUCCCAGAAUGCACCUGCUGCCGCUGACGCUCCCGCCGGCAGAAAGAUCGGGCCGACUGUGGAGCGCUCAGUGAAGGAUCUGCAGCGCUGCGCCGCGUCUCUGUCCCGCUACCGGGUGCUGGUGCGAGACGAGAUGGACUCCUCCAUCAAGAAGAUCAAGCAGACGUUUGCAGAGCUACAGAGCUGGUACACGCACACACACACACACACACACACACACACACGGAUGCAGCAACACAGAUUCAGCACACAUGAGGAGUAAGCGUGGUCGUCUCUCCUGCAGCACUUCGUCAGCGAGCGCAAGUAUGAUGAGGAUCUGGGGAAGGCGGUGAAGUUCAGCCACGAGCUGGAGCCGCUGAAGAGCAGCAUACUGACCUACGGCUCGUGAGACCCGCACCUGUGUAUGUAUGUAUGUGUGUGUGUGUGUGUGUGUGUGUGUGUGUGUGCGCGUGCGUGCGUGUGUGUGUGUGUGUGUGUGUGUGUGGGU